AUGGUAUUAUGUUUGAAGGCCAAAGAACUCGCAGCGCUAGAUGAGGGAGUCAAAAAUGAGAAUACACGGUUGAAAGCCCUGGAAACAAGGGAGCGUGGAACAUCGGAUAUCGACCUCGCUCGCAACACAGAAGGCAUCAACUGGUCUAUCGUUGCCGAAAAAGUAUCCGACGCGUCUACGGCGAAAUGGACAGCAGACGACAUCAAGUUCAAGUGGAUGGCAGAUAGGCAUCCGAGGUUUAAUCAUGGCGAGUGGACGGACCAAGAGAUUGAACAGUUGAAGGGAAUCGCUCAAGAGAGCAAGGUGGAUUGGGUGCAAGUCGCAAAGGGUCUUGGCACGAACCGCAUCCCCCUUGACUGCAUGCGCAAAGCCAUCCAGCUCCGGCAGCGACCCAAGUAUGCAUGGAAGAAACGCGUCGAUGACCGGCUCGAGGAGGCUGUCGAAAAGUAUGGCGUGGCCAAUUGGAGUCUAGUUGCCCGAUAUGUCGCCAACAACCUCAAUGCAGUACAAUGCGAAGCGCGAUACGUCCGGCUGCACCUCGAGCGCAGCCCUUGGACCGCGGCGGAGGACGCGCGGCUGGAUUUAGCGGUGGCGGGGUACGGACAGAGCUGGGUGGAAGUGGCGAGUGCGAUGCCGAGGCGGACGAACGACCAAUGCCGGGACCGAUGGAUCGAGCGACAAAAGACGGUGAAUGUCUGGACGGACGAUGAUGAUCGCCAACUGGUGGAACUCGUUGACCGGUUUGGGAGCGACGGACAGUGGAAGGCCAUUGCGAGCGAGAUGGGUGGGGGACGAACCGACAUAAAUUGCCGGUCGAGGUAUAACAAGAUCAAGCCAACACCUCGACCGGAACCACCAAAGAAAGGCAAGGGAAAGGAAAGGGAGAAGAAAAGCAACCCGGUCUGGAAGCAGCCUCCAACAUAUGCGCUUAGUGCCCCGGUUUCGGCGGCGCCUCCUUCAGCCGCGCCUGUGUUGACUACUUGGGCGCUGAAUCCAUGUACAAGGGGAAACCAGGCCGUUCCAGAUCCAACUCCGCGUGCGUGGAAUGCAUUCCCAAACCUGGACCCCCCUCGGCCGCUAGUCGCGUUUGCAGAGCCGACGUCAGCAUCCCAACCAGGUCCAGCAGAGUCUGAUGCUAUGGAUGUUGACCUUGUGACUCUCCAACCAAAACCACAACCGAAAGCAAAAGGAAGACGGAAGAAAGACGAUGGGAUGGAUGUAGAUACCGAGACUGCACCCAAGCCAAGGCCAAAAAAAGCUCCGAAUGAGGAAGCAGAUGCCCCUGCGAAUAGUGCGAGCCUGAGAAGAAGUGCGAGAGGCAAGGGUAGGUAAAAGUAGGAUAGUUAUUACACAUGGACACUGAGUUUGCGGUCAACUUAGACGAAGUAUUGAUGAAGUCAGCGUCGGCGCUAUGGUGCAGUGGCAGCACAUGGGGAAAUUGUUAUAUGACUCGGCCUGACGUCCCGGCCUGGUGUUGGCCUGCAAAACAGUCAAAGUUCCCAAAAAGGUCAUGUCCCGGUGGAUUAUAAAGCCUCUACGCGAUGAAAUACAUCAAAAAUUCCCAUUUCUUCACCGGACUGGCUUCACUGAUAUCCCGCAAAAGGACGGGAGCAAACAUAGCAGAUAUCCUUGCCGCUUUCUCAUUCUGCUUCGGCUCUUCGCCAGCAUCCGCGUCUUUCACGCCAUCUUCCCGCGCGAUGUAAUGCAGAAAUGCAGUCACCGAUAUCCACACAUUAACAUUCGCCGUCGGUAGUGUUUCCAGA